AUGCGGCCGCAACUGGGCGGCGACGCCCUCACUCCGGCUGUUAAGCCACCAUCUCGCAAGUCAAGCGUCGACCAUGCCGUCGCCCCAUGGAGCAAUGUCCCCACUACCUUCGUCAUGAAGCGCGCCGACGAGGUGGAACAGCCCAUGACUCCUCCCCAAGCUGCGUCUUCGACGGCAAGGUACCAAGAUGGGACAUAUGGAGUGCAGAGUCUCGCAGACACAUUGGAGGCUGCCUUCGGUCCAGAGAGCACAGUACCUGCGAAGGAGCCAGUGAAGGCGAGCAAGACGGGAAACCACAGCGCAAGGAGUUCGGGGUCGGUUUCGCAUACUUCGUCAACAAACUCGGUGCCACAACUGGAUAAAUUCCAGGCAGAUGCGGCUCGGAAGCUGAAGAGGGGCUAUUCUGCCCAUGGCUCAUCUACGCCCUUGAAGCUACCCGGUGCUGAGAUACCCUCCCCACACCCCCUGUCUGCAUUGUCUAGCACGCCCAGGUCAGCCUCCAUAACAUCACUCAAGCUGUCUGACGAAGAGUUUGCCAUGGACGAUGUCGCGAGCCAAGCCGUUUCCUCAGGUGGUGAGGAUGAAGAGUCAGUAGAGAUAGAACAGGCACCAUCCAGCUUCCCACAGCUUGUAAUGCCUGUGAUGCAAAUGCCAACGAGGAGGCCCUUUACGACGAGAGGUAAAGCCAUGGGCAAGCUGAAAGUCAUGGUUGCUGGCGAGACAGGCCUUGGCAAGUCGUCUCUCAUUCGUUCCAUCGUCCAGGCCUGUGAAGACAUUGUACACGUAGACCCGCUGUCACCCUCACCCUUAAUCGCGCAAUCACGACCACCAAAGUCCAGAUCUCGAACAAGAAAGGCAGGACAUGCAGGCACGACGCGCGUGACCGAAACCCAUGCCAGCACGAAGCCUUACCCUCAUUGGUGGGCUGAUAUCGAAGAGAGUCGUGUACUGAGAAGGAGAAAGAGCGGGACCGACACCGUCUUAGAGAGGAACAUUUGCUUCGUAGACACUCCUGGGUACUGUCACGGACCAACGGAACAGGAUGACAUGAACUUGGUAGUGGACUAUGUUGAGUCGCUAUUAUUCCAAACGUCUUCGGUAACGACACUGGAAGACAAUGACGCCCUUGGAGUCGUCAGUGGUAGCGGCGGUGUCUUAGUAGACAUUGUCAUCUACUUACUACCACCCAACAAGGAUAUCACAAAGGACAUCGACUAUAUGCAGCGACUGUCAUAUCUCACCAAUGUCAUUCCAGUCAUUGCCAAAUCGGAUACGCUGUCUGCACAGGAAGUUGUAGCAUUGAAGACCUCAAUCCUCGCUCGGCUCCAGACAACCGCUCUCAGGCCUUUCUUCUUUGGCGAGGCCAUGGAUGAUGCGCUGCUCGCUGUGCAAGGUCUUCCCGUCGUCGGAAUCUCAGCGUCUGGGGCAUCAAGCGAGGCAGCUUCAUACCCCUACACUACUCCCACUUAUCCCUAUGCCGUCUCUUCAACUUCUGGGCCAGACAAUGAUAACAUGGAUGCAUCACUCCUCAUGUCGCCCGACUACGUACAGCCUCUGCUUCCUUCUGAACUUGGAGCAUUGGUACACAAGGUCUUUGACCCUGAGUCUAUUGCCUGGCUUCGACAUUCGGCAGCAAAGAAGUUCCUAGCCUGGCGGCGAAGGACAAGGCUGCCGGGCGAUUCGGUCAUUAUGCAAGGUAUAACGCACCCGCGUAGCCCAACCAUGGCUUCUGUGGGCCUCAAUGGAGCUACUAUGAAUAGUAAGGCCGAAUCUCCUUCGUAUCUGCACAAGCUAACUUUUCGCUCAGCGUCUCUCGCAUCCUCGGUCUUCUCUGCCGCGUCACCAUCAGGUGUUUUAGUGCCAGGGUCAGGAUCGCCCUUUUACCCUUCCAACCUACAAUCCCCACUCCUAUCUUCUGCAUCACUAGCCAAUUCCGAGGCUCUCGAGCCGCCGGGCAGCUUUUCACUGGCGAAAUACAACAAGUCCAUGCAAGGCGAUCAACGCUUCAGUGAAAUUAGGAUAGCAAGAUGGGCAACAGAUUUGCAACGCAGUCGACGCAACGAAAAAGACAGGUUUGAAGAAUUACAGAGCAACGAACGAGCAAAGUGGCUGCUCGAACGCGUUGGAGAAGAGGUGUCGAGAGGUACAAUUGUUGCAUGUCCCGAUGGAACUCCGAGAGCCGAAUGGGCCGUAGUCAGGCACGGUGACGAGAAAGGUAGCAAAGUCGGUCAGCGGUAUGCCAAAGCUGUCGGACUAGACUCGCGAGACCCCUUGGGUCUAUGCGAUUUUAGUGAUGAAAUAAGGCGGCGGAGCUUCGUGCUCGUCAAGGUAUUGGGGGGUAUGAGUGUGGUAGGUGCUGUCGUUGUGGCAGUCAUCAGAGCUUGUGGUAUCGAGACGGGAUCACCACAGAACUGGUGGGCUUGGAUCACUGGUACGGAUUAG